AUGUCUUACUGCAAGGAAUACGGCAAGGAUAAGGUGUGCUUUGUCACCAAGGAGGAUCAUUCGACGCCCAGCACCAUCGAACUACCCCCACCGGAGCAGCCAGAAGGAGUGAUCACCAAGGACGGUAACAUCAACUGGAGUUGUCCCUGCCUAGGAGGCAUGGCUACCGGUCCCUGUGGUGUAGACUUCCGCGAAGCCUUCUCCUGUUUCCAGUACAGCAAGGCCGAUCCUAAGGGCUCUGAUUGCUAUGAUGCAUUCACCAAGAUGCGUGACUGCUUCCAGAGGUAUCCCACCGUCUACAACAAGUCUGGUGGCGAUGAUGACGACGAGGAUGGAUUGGGAGGUGCACUGGGUGACGGGGAUGGUGACAAGAGCGCAGACCCACUGGCCGAUGCUCCAGAGCCAGAGCCCACAGAAGUAUUGGCUGGACCCAAUAGUACCUCAGUGGUUGCGAAGCAAUAGGUGGGAAUCAUUUCGCGUUAGAGUUACUUAAACGAUAAGGGCUAGGUGUGACUUCGUACAAAAUAAAUAAACCUUGUCAUAGUUAUCAUACUU